AUGUCUGUGCUGGAAGGAGAUACCGUUGUAACCCUAUGGGCAUCUCGGCUAGUAGUAAUUAAAGUCCUUAUUUCUCUACAAACCCCAAAACGAACAUUUUAUGGUGUAAUAACCGUAAAUCCAGAUGAGUUUUUACAUGAUUGGCCGGAUUCAUCACAAUUAUUAUGGGUUUACAACAAUGAGCAUUUGAUAAAUGUGUGGCAAGAAGCUACGCCGCCUCGUGUUUCGGAAGGAGAAUCAAAUUGUGCAAUUGACAAUAUAUUUGGGCAUUAUGAAAAUGAUAAUGGUGUUGUAUGCUAUGCUGUAAAAUGGUUUGGAUAUCACUGUCCAACGUGGGAG